AUGUCAGCCCCAAUUUGUCUCAGCCCUGAGCUACCAUCAGGAUUAAGCUUUUUACGCCUCUCCCAUGUCAGGCAACACGUUCUUCUAGCCCGUAUGGAUCACCCUAGUUCACUAAAUGCCCUUUCUUCGGAGGCCUUGCGAGAGCUCGAUUUGGUUCUGGAUUGGUAUGAAACAGAGCCGAACCUCCGCGUCUUGGUUGUCACUGGAACGGGACGAGCUUUCACGGCUGGUGCGGAUCUCAAGGAGUGGCAGCGUACACUGGAGGAUGGAAAGGGGGAGCAGUUCGGCGUGCGAGAAGGCGUAACUCCAUUCACGCGUCGAAAGGGGAAGAAGCCUGUUAUUGCGGCGGUGAAUGGCUUUGCUUUCGGCGGCGGCUGUGAAUUCGCCGUAAACUGUGAUCUGGUUGUUGCGGCAGACACAGCUAUUUUCGGUCUCCCUGAGGUCAAGCGUGGACUGGCCCCUACAGGCGGAGUUCUCACACGAAUUGUACACACUGCCGGGAUGCAGGUGGCUUCUGAGAUAGUCGUUGACGAAGCAUUACGCUAUGCAUCCCUAAUCGCAGAGAACAGUCCUGAUGCCAUAAUUUGCGCAAGAGCCGGCUUGCGGCAAGCUUGGGAGACGGCCAAUGUCCAGGAGGCAACAAAUCAGUGGUUUGAGAAGCACUUUAGCUUACUUGAACGGGGCGACAAUAUGCGAGAGGGUCUAGCUGCCUUUAAGGAUAAGAGACCCCCUGUAUGGAAGAAUUCAAAGCUAUAA